AUGAAUAACAAGCAAAAUGAACCUCAGAAGGGGAAACAGAAAAAUAGGGCAAUAUUGAAAUUGCAUUUUACUCCUGUUUCUAGUGAUGAAGUAAAAGGCCAUGUGGAUCUUGUUAUUAAGGUUUACUACAAAAACGUGCACCCUAAGUUUCCUGAGGGGGGGAAGAUGUCUCGGUACGUGGAUAACAUGAAGAUAGGAGAUACCAUCGAUUUCCGAGGGCCAAAUGGGCUCCUGAUUUAUAAAGGACCAGGUAAGCUGGCAAUCAAACCGGAUAAGAAGAGUGAACCUAAGAUGAAGUUCGCCAAGAAUUUGGGAAUGAUUGCUGGUGGGACAGGAAUAACACCAAUGCUGCAGCUGAUUCGGCACAUUACCAAGGAUCCUGAAGAUGGUACAAAGUGCUCCCUUAUCUUUGCUAAUCAGACUGAGGAAGAUAUCCUACUCAGAGCAGAGCUAGAAGAAGUGGUGAAGAACCAUCCAAACCAAUUUAGUCUGUGGUACACUCUGGACAGGCCUCCUAAUGAUUGGAAGUAUAGCUCUGGAUUCAUUAAUGCAGACAUGAUCAAGGAUCAUCUCCCACCACCAGGGGCCGAUACCAUCAUUUUGAUGUGUGGUCCUCCUCCAAUGAUCCAGUUUGCCUGUCAACCCAACCUGGAAAAACUGGGCUAUGCUCAAGACAAGACUUUUGCCUACUAACACAUUCCUCUUAUGGUUAGCAAGUGUAUCUUGGUACUUUUUGUAUUAAACUUCAGAAUGUCUUAU